AAGGAGCUGUACAAAAUAUUCAUCUUCCUUCAAAUUCAGAAUCAGCUAAUGAUAUUAAAAAAUAUUUGUCUAAACGUUCUAGUGGUGCUUCUAAAAAUUUCUAUUUACAUAUUAAUCCACUUUGGUAUGAAACUGGUAUUUGGUAUAAACACAUUAUGGAAUCUGUUAAAGUAGAACUUCCAUUUGGUCUUUUAAUAAACCAUUCUGUUCAUAAAACUGUUGCUCAAAUUCUUCAGGAUGCUAAUGUUCCAGAAGAUGCUAUAAUGGGAGUAACAGAUCACAAAAGUAUUCAAGGUAUUCAUGCAUAUAAAGAAGUGAAUAAAAAACAACAUCUUACUGCUAUGGAUACUUUAAUUAAUGCUAUAGAACCAUCAAGAUCAAUUCUUACUGAUUCAACAAGUAAAAAUGCAAAU